AUGGCGCGAAAUUCCGAAAAAGCGCAGUCUAUGCUCUUUCGUUUCCGAGCGCAACAAGCCGCUUCCUUGGGCAUAAUCGAUGCAGGCCGUACUCGCCGUCCUAAAAUGAUCACUGAAGUCACGGCGAUACCAGCAUGCGAGAAAUGGCGGGGCCAGGUUCUCAAGGAGAUUUCGCGCAAAGUCAGCAAGAUACAAGAGCAGAGCCUGAGCGAUUUUCAGAUUCGGGAUUUGAACGACGAGAUCAACAAGGCGAUGCGGGAAAAGCAUAUGUGGGAGGUGCAGAUACGGAAUCUGGGGGGCCCAAAUUAUAUGAGGGGUGGGGGAAAGGUCUAUGACGAGGAGGGGAAGGAGAUUCCUGGGGGUGGAAAGGGCUAUAGGUGUGUCUAUCCUACGGAAGUUGGUCGUGAGAAGUUUGAUGAGUUAACAUUCUAUGUCAGGUACUUUGGUCGAGCACGAGAAUUACCGGGUGUGAAGGAAAUGUUCGAGUCGAGCAAGCCAAAAGCGCCGGACAAACCGUUAGAGAGCAGGGCGGAUCUUAGGCGGCAGGUAGACGCCAGCUACUAUGGCUAUAACUUAGAUGAAGAGGAUGGCACUCUGCUAGAUUACGAGGCAGAGAAGGAGAAAGAGGCAUUUGAGAAUCUCAAAGAGCAAGGGGAUGGAAAGUCAGAGGCAGGUUGGGAGCCUCUUCCAGGGGAUGCUGGAGAUGGAGUCGGUUGGAGAUUGCCUACGAGCGAAGAGGUUCAGGAGGAGCUGGUGGACAGAAGAAGACGACGGCUAUUGGAUAAAUUGGGUUGA